UAAUGAGGUAGCGGGAAUACACUGAGUGAAUGUAAAUAGGGAAAGAAACCUUCGUGUUCCACGUCAGGGUGAAGAUUCGGUGGGCGUUCGUCUCAGCCAAUAAGACGCCUAGAUACGCCAGGUGGGGCGUUCAGGACCUUCCCAGGUAUUUAUUUCAGACGAGGCACCGAACCUCCGUUUCUCACUUUAGUGGUCACCGGAGACCAAGCGCGCUUUGCACCAUGAGUAUCGGUUACCACCGCCCGGGGAAUAUGAGCUUCAGCAGCCGCUCCCACGGAUCCCUGCCUAAUCGAAGCUCAUUGUAUCGAGCCAGUUCGGGCACCUUUCAGCCGGGACUCUUCCGAGGAUCCUUCAGCACUUUCUCUAGCUCUCCCCUCUCUGCCUCGACGCCUUUCCUUUUCUCCGCCCUGCCCAGUUUGAAGAUCGACCCCAAGCUGCACCAGAUUCGCACGGAAGAGAAGGAACAGAUCAAGGGGCUCAACAACCAGUUCGCCUCCUUCAUUGACAAGGUAUGCAAACUUGAGCAGCAGAACCAAGUGCUAGAGACACAGCUGAAGCUUUUGAAGGGCAAAGACCAAUACAAAUCCAACUUGGGGCACAUUAUGGCAGCCCACAGCCAGCCCCUUAAGCAGCAGAUAGACACGCUCAAUCAAGAUAAGAUGAAAUUGCAAAACGAGCUGGACCACACACAGACCCUUCUGGAGGAACUGAAAAGCCAGUAUGAAGAGGAAAUAAAUCAGCGUAAUCAACUGGAAAAUGAGUUUGUGGUGACUAAAAAGGACCUGGAUGAUAUUUACUUGCAGAAAGUAGAUGUUGAAUCCAAGCUAGAGAGCAUCACGAAUGAAAUCAAAUACCUCAAGCAGCUCUUUGAAGAGGAGAUCAGGGAAUUGCAAUCUCAGAUCCAAAAUGCAAUGGUCACUCUGGCCAUGGACAACAACCGGGAACUGGAGAUGAAGCAUAUUGUUGAUGAGGUGAAAGAGCAAUACAAGGCCAUAACUGCCAAGAGUCGUGAUGAGGCUGAACAGUGGUACAAAAGCAAGAUUGAUGACAUUGUAAGGCAAACUCAGAAGCAUAAUGGUGAGAUGAAAAGCAUCAAGGGUCAGAUUGCUGAGUUGACUCGCUAUGCUCAGCAUGUCAAUGCAGAAAUUGAGGCCUUAAAGAAUCAGCGAGCCAGUCUAGAAAAUGCUGUGGCCUCAGCUGAAGAACAAGGGGAGCAGGCUGUGCAAAAUGCCAAGAGUACUGUCCAAGACCUAGAGGAGGUGCUGAAGCAAGCCAAACAUGACAUGGCCACCAAGAUGAGAGAAUACCAAGAACUGAUGAACCUCAAGCUGGCCCUUGAUAUAGAAAUUGCCACCUACAGAAAGCUGCUGGAAGGAGAAGAAAACCGGAUGGUUGGUCAGGUUCCAGCACAGCAGGUCAAUGCCAUUAACAAGCUAGCUGGACUCCUGACUCAGGGGAUGGUACUUCCUUCUCACAUUGGAGCUGCAGGGACUUCAGUCACCAACAGCAGCUCACUGAAGAGGCCUUUGAUGAUCAAGACCAUUGAGACCAAGGAUGGGAAGAUCAUUUCAGAGGCCAGCCAUUUUUCAAAGAAGUAACUGUAGCAGAAGCAGCAAAAAGUCUAUGUGCCCUAAAGACUUAAAAAUAAGUGAUUGUUUUUAUAGCCCCUAAUGAUAACCUACUUCAUAUACCUCCACAUUUUCUCCCUUGCAAUGCUAUUUCUUUUUCAAGUGACAAUGGCUCAGUUUCACCUGGCCUAUAAAGUGGUACAGAUCAUAUGUUCUAUUUACUAAUUCAUAUUAAAGCUCCUGAAAAAUGCGUUGUCAGCAUCAGUGUCUUGCAUGAGUUUUGUCAGCCGCUCUAGGCACAUCGUUGCUCAUCUCCAGGCCCUGUCUUCCUUCCAUAGCUUCUAUAGACAUUUAUUCUCUGCUUGGGUUGAGGCAGGAAAUUCUGAUCUUUCUAGAUGAAACAUACACAAAGAACUGUGCCAAGUGCACAGAUGCUCAGAUUCAAGGGGGAGUGGAGAUUUCAAGUUGAGAUCAUUUCUGCCACAAGGAGAGGCCCGGAGAAUAUGCCAGGAAGUAGCUGAAGGGAAAAAAUACAUAGCUAUGUGUGGAUGUGCAGCAUUCCUUUGGGAACAGCUCAGAUGUCUACUACUGUUCUAAAGCAUUUCCUAUACCUCUUUGCUAUACUGAACUACAGCCUCUCCAAAUCUUGACCCCAGAUGUUCUUGGAUUGUAACUCUACCGCUCCUGAUUGGUAGGAGUGAUACAAUUUAUAAUCCAAAAGUAUUCCAGGAGCCAUGUUGAGAGAGGCUGCAUCUAGCAUGGCCAAGAAACCAAGCCCAUGAAUGGACUGUGACAAUCAGAGAAACUCCGUUCCAAAGGCUCCUAUUAAGCUAUAUGAGUUAAAGUCAACAUAAUUUUUGGGGAUCAAGAAUGCCUGACUCCCCAUAAAGAAACUGGAGCAAUUUUAGUAGCAUCUCAAGGUUGGGUAUGCCAUCCUUCCUAAUGUGUAAGUUAACGUGUCAUUCACUUCUGGAAUGGGGGCAGAAUAAAACGUGUCAUGUGGAGAAUCACCAGGGCAAGGAGAGCAAACUCUGUUCCUCUGCAUUGAGCACAUUUCCAUUCAGGGCAUUCCAUAUGAGGACUUUGCAAGAAUUCAAAACCAGCUUUGGAAUUCUGCUAUUCUGCAAUAUCAGCCAUGUUAACAAGCUAAGGGGAUUUGUUUAUGGCCAGCUGUAGUGGAUUUGAAGCUGCAGUAAAACUGCAGUUUUCUUUGAACUGCAACAGCUCUAGGGAGCUUGUGAAUGGUUUGCUUCCCCGUUUGUGGGAACUCUUGUCUCAUCAAUAACUCUAGGCUGCAACCAUCCUAACAGACUGGUCAAAGGGAAAGCUGAUUUGACAGCUUUGUGCAGCUCCUUAACAUCCUUGUUCAGAUUUGGGGGUGGGGGGCGGUGGGGGAGUAUAUGACCAGAUAUAUACCAAAUGAAGCAAGGAAGUGGCUGGAGGGGAAAAUAAUUGAUUUUCCUUACUGUAUUGCAAGAAAUUACUUCCUGCUGAAAAGAGCACUUUGCAAUAUUCUCUUAAUAUAUAAUAAAUGUACAAGAUAAUAUAUAAUUGUUACAACUUGGGAGGGAAGUCAUUUAAAAAAAAUUUCUAAGGGUUUCCUGGUAAAAGAUAAUUGUAAUCAGCAGCCAUCAGUCAGGCUGACCUUCCUGCCACCUCUUAGUCCAGCUGGAAGAAAAGUGUUUUAGAUCUUCCUUCCAGCUCAAAGUCCAGAAAUAUAGAACUAAACCAGCCUUGUGUCAAGCAAUGGCUGUGUAACCAUGCAGUCUUGUAUAUAAAACCAGUGAAGCCAACUCUCUA